AUGGCUCUGCCGGCCAGUCUUUUGCCCUUGUGCUGCUUGGCACUUCUGGCACUGUCUGCCCAGAGCUGCGGGCCGGGCCGGGGACCGGUUGGAAGGCGCCGCUACGUGCGUAAGCAGCUUGUGCCGCUGCUCUACAAGCAGUUUGUGCCCAGCGUGCCCGAGCGGACACUUGGUGCCAGUGGGCCGGCGGAGGGCAGGGUGGUAAGGGGCUCCGAGCGCUUCCGGGACCUGGUGCCCAACUACAAUCCUGACAUCAUCUUCAAGGAUGAGGAAAACAGUGGGGCCGACCGCUUAAUGACGGAGCGUUGCAAAGAGCGGGUGAAUGCGCUGGCCAUUGCCGUGAUGAACAUGUGGCCCGGAGUGCGCCUGCGGGUGACCGAGGGCUGGGACGAGGACGGCCACCACGCUCAGGACUCACUUCACUACGAAGGCCGGGCCUUGGACAUCACCACGUCUGACCGUGACCGCAACAAGUAUGGCUUGCUGGCGCGCCUGGCAGUGGAAGCUGGCUUCGACUGGGUCUACUACGAGUCCCGCAACCACGUCCACGUGUCUGUCAAAGCUGAUAACUCCCUGGCGGUCCGAGCUGGCGGCUGCUUUCCGGGAAAUGCUACGGUACGCCUGCGGAGCGGCGAGCGGAAGGGGCUGAGGGAGCUGCACCGUGGAGACUGGGUGCUGGCUGCGGAUGCCGCAGGCCGGGUGGUACCCACACCCGUGCUGCUCUUUCUGGACCGGGACUUGCAGCGCCGGGCCUCGUUCGUAGCGGUGGAGACCGAGCGGCCUCCGCGCAAACUGUUACUCACGCCCUGGCACCUAGUAUUCGCCGCCCGGGGCCCGGCGCCGGCUCCCGGGGACUUUGCACCGGUGUUCGCGCGGCGGCUACGCGCCGGGGACUCGGUAUUGGCGCCCGGCGGGGACGCGCUCCGGCCAGCGCGCGUGGCCCGCGUGGCGCGAGAGGAGGCGGUGGGCGUGUUCGCCCCGCUCACGGCGCACGGGACGCUGCUGGUCAACGACGUCUUGGCCUCCUGCUAUGCGGUUUUGGAGAGUCACCAGUGGGCCCACCGUGCCUUUGCCCCUCUGCGCCUGCUGCACGCGCUGGGGGCGCUGCUCCCCGGGGGUGCAGUCCAGCCCACCGGCAUGCACUGGUACUCUCGUCUCCUCUACCGCUUGGCAGAAGAGCUGCUGGGCUGA